GGUAAAGGAGUUGAACGACACCGUCCCAGUAUAAGGCGUCAGACAUUUUGACAUGGUUUGCGAAGGGGAACUCGGACACUGGACUCAUGUACAUUUCCCGCAUGUCUAGAUAUUGGAGAACUUCUGGUUUGGUGCAAAGAAGUCGGCUAGCAAACUCUUGAUCGCCGACUCCGGAACACCCUGCCGACGUUCCUUUGGUCGAGCUGACUGUCAAUCACAAGGCUGGCCAAUGGACGCAGGCAAGGUAAGUGAUUGGCCAUUGAAGGGCCGUGGAGUUUCACCUGCCCGUCCAGGUGAAUCGUGGGCAACUGUUUGAAGGCCGGCCGCCUUCAACCGACUGCCCGUGGAACCACUGCAUGCGUGACCGACAACAAGCUGCUGGAUCAACACAGCGCCAGAGACUCAGCGACUGUCGAGGAACAGGCAUCCGAGGAAUCGUUUUGACCCGCCGCAGACCCUGGGGAAGAUGCUGCCAGUACUGGAUCAGGUCUUCGCCCUGGACCACAGCAAGAUGUGGACCUCCCUGCGGACUGUGAUCAUCACCCUGCUCCUGGUCUUCUUCAUCAAGACCAUCUGGAACUUUGCCACUCUUCUCAUUAACUUCCAUCAGAAUAGCAAAAAACUGAUGUGCUUCAGCAGCCCCCCAAAGCGCAGCUGGCUCAUGGGACACCUUGGAAUGGUUAAUCCCGAUGAGGAAGGAUUACAAACCGUUGGACAGCUGGUGGUAAAGUUCCCACUCACCAUGAAGACCCAGUUUGGACCCCUGUUACACUUAAUCCAUCUGUUUCACCCCGAUUACAUUAAACCUGUCCUCCUGGCAUCAGCUCCCGUUGCCCCAAAGGAUGAACUCUUCUACGGUUUCCUCAGGCCUUGGUUGGGAGAGGGUCUGCUCAUCAGCCAAGGAGAGAGGUGGGCUCGGCACCGCCGGCUCCUCACCCCCGCCUUCCACUUUGACAUCCUGAAGCCCUACGUCAAAAUCUUCAACCGAUCUGUUAACAUCCUGCACGACAAGUGGCUCCGGCUGUUAUCGGAAGGGGAGCCCUCCCUGGAGAUGUUCGACCACAUCAGCCUGAUGACCCUGGACAGUUUACUGAAAUGUACCUUCAGUUUCGAUAGCAACUGCCAGCUGCAGUCGAGCGACUACAUUAGAGCCAUCUAUGAGCUGAGUACGUUGGUGGUGAAGAGGGAACGGUGCUUACCACAUCACAUCAACCUCAUUUACAAGUUCACGGCCGACAGCAAGCGGUUCGACAGUGCCUGUGACCUGGUGCACUCCUACUCGAUGGGCGUGGUCCAGCGUCGCCGGGAGAUCUUGAAGGGUCAGAAGACGGAGACUUGGCUUAAGUCCAAGCGUGGCAAGGUUGUGGAUUUCCUGGACAUCCUGCUGCUGUCAAAGGACGAGAAUGGCCAAGGUCUGACGGAUGAGGAGAUCCAGUCGGAGGCCGACACCUUCAUGUUUGAGGGCCACGAUACGACGGCGAGUGGAAUCUCGUGGGUGCUGUACAACCUGGCCAGGCACCCGGAGUACCAGAGCCAGUGCAGGGAGGAGAUUGAGCUGCUGCUGAAGGAGAGGGACGUUGAGGAGCUGGAGUGGGACGACCUCUCGCAGAUGCCCUUUACCACCAUGUGCAUCAAGGAGUCUCUGAGGCUCCACCCUCCAGUCACCACCGUUGCUCGCUGCUGCACCGAGGACAUCAAGCUCCCUGACGCCAGGGUCAUUCCCAAGGGGAACACCUGCCUGAUCAGCAUUUAUGGAACCCAUCACAACCCUGUAGUCUGGCCAGAUCCUGAGGUAUACAAUCCAUUGCGCUUUGACUCUGAAAACGCAGACAAGAGAGCUCCGUAUGCUUUCAUCCCGUUCUCUGCCGGUCCAAGGAACUGCAUCGGGCAGAACUUUGCUCUUUCUGAGAUGAAGGUGACCGUUGCACUGACCCUGUAUCGGUUCGAGCUGGAACUGGACACUUCCCAGAAGGUGCGCAGGAAACCAGAGCUGAUACUUCGGACUGAGAAGGGGAUCUGGCUUAAAAUGAAGCAAAUACCGGGUCGAGAAGUCCGGGAGCAAUCCCAGCAGACAGUGGAAUGAGAACAGCAGGAAGGAAGGGGAGAAGUUAUUUCAUUAAUUGUUGAGAAUGGAAUUGUGAGAUGCAGGUGAAAAGGAAAGGGGAAUUCUUUGUUACUCAGAGGAUUACUUGUGGUGGGUGGGUGAAAUGUUAUCAGUGUGGUUCAACUCUCUUGGAGAAUUCUAUCUUCAGUGUCUGGGGCCUGGACUGUCCUGAUGGCCCCCUUCUCCCCCCCCCCCCCCCAACCCACACCUUAUGAUCACUGACUGGCGUUCUUUUAUAAUUGUGGAAUGAAAUAAAAUUUUUUUUAGUGUUUCAA